GUGAGUUCUACAGGCAGAUACAACAACUGGGUGGAGGUGGGGCAACAGUUGCCUGUAGAAAUGCUUCUAACUGCAAUCAUAACGUCUUGCUCCUCCACAGAGAUAACAGCAUCAGUGAAGGUUUCCCACACAGUACCUUGUUUCUCCAGGAUGGGUGCAUUUAUUGCUAAAUUAUUGCUCCCAACCAUCAGCAGCUUGGUGCUUCUGCUGGUUGUCAGUGUGGCAACCAAAAGAGGCUUUCAUAUGGAGGCAAUGGUCUACUUCUUCACCAUGUUUUUCACUGUGAUUUACCAUGUAUGUGAUGGACCUGGACUGUCUGUUGUAUGCUUCAUGAAGUACGAUAUUCUUGAAUACUUCUGUAUCUUCGGAACAGCAAUUUCCAUUUGGGUCACCCUAAUAGCCCUUGGAGACUUUGAUGAACCAAAGCGUUCUACCCUCACUAUGUUUGGAGUUCUGACAACUGCUGUGAGAAUCUACCAGGACCGAUGGGGAUAUGGUGUCUACUCUGGACCAAUUGGAACUGCUGUGCUGAUGAUUACCUUAAAAUGGCUACAGAAGAUGAAGGAAAAGAAAGGACUGUAUCCAGAAAAAAGUGUUUACACCAAGCAGGUGGGACCCGGCUGCUGCUUUGGAGCCCUUGCUUUGAUGUUACGAUUCUACUUUGAGGAAUGGGACUAUGCCUACGUUCACAGUUUCUACCACCUGUCCAUGGCGGUGUCCUUCAUAAUGCUCCUCCCUAAGAAAAACCGACAUGGGGUGACAGGGGGAAAAGCUGCAAAACUCAACUGCUACACCCUUUGCUGCUGUGUGCCCAGCCUUGCUGUGAAGGAAAAGACUUGGACCACCCAGGCAUGCCACUUCCAAAGGCCCUUACUGCGAGCCUGUAACCCUGGCCUCCCAUUUCAUCAACACCAUGCACCUGCUAAUUAAAAGAAAUAAUCUGAUGAAGGGGAAACAGGCAGUAGGUUUCAAGAAAGCUCAGAGUAAGAAGAUUGGGUAAUGUGAAUAUAUGAUAGAAAAGGCCUACCUUAUAGUAUUGAGAGAACCGAUACAAAAAUCGAGAUUUAAAACAUGGGGACACCAACGUUUCUAAAACAUAACAUUGGUAAAAAUCUUAAAUUGUGAAAAAGGUUGUAAAACUGACUGACAUUCGUGAUGAAUGAAUUAACUAUCUUUUUAUAUGUACUUCAUAUAAAAGGGACCACUUAGUGGUGUUCUCCCUGAGAAAUAAAUUAGGCUUUUAGCUGCACCUCUGAAAAUUCCAUUAAAGUACUUUGUCUCCAGGUGCAUAAAAUAAUUUAUAUUGGUAAUUUGAUAAAAAAUGGAAAUUUGACCAAUAACCACUAUGACCAUAGGCGGUUUUACCAUAGGCCAUAGGUAGGCAAUUGCUUGGGGCCUCGUCCACCGAAGGGGCCUCAUGAAUUGGUUUCCUUUUUUUAAAUUUAUUUAUAAAACAUUUUUCUUUUCUUGUCACUCCAAACGAAUCUGUAAUAGAUAAAAAUAAAUCUGUCUACAUGUAAAUGUGGGCCUAUCCAAUUAGAUAUCUGCAUUUGCCAAUAUUUAUUAUCACCUAAAUUUCACAUAUAAUGAACUGUUCCACCUUGGUUUUCCUGCAUUUGUGCCUAAUCAAUGACGUAGAAAUUCGAGUUGCCAUCAGAGACAGAGAGUCACGAUCUUUGUUACCAUAAAGCGUUUUAAAAGUGGAUUUGAGAAGAGAAAGAGGAAGAAGGAAGAUGCCCAGUUUAAGGAAAGUUUGCCUAAACUGACGAAAUUCUUUAAUAAAACAGCCAGAGACUCCACGACGGACGAGCAACAAGUAGAGUGAGAGCACCUAUUAUCGACCACCCUAACCAUAGUGUAUUUACUUCGUAUUUAUUAGAGAGAACUGGAC